CCGCCGCUGCUGAAGCUCAGCACCGGCCUUCUUCCAGUCCAGCCCCUUCUCUGUGCGCGCCGGCACGGUGAGGAGAGGGGAGGGGCUUGCCGGGGGCUCGAGCAUCGCAUACGGCUUCAGAACUGAAACGGAGGCGUCAGCGUGAUGCAGGGAGGCCACGGCUACGGCGGCUACGGCGCCGUGGGCGGGUACGUCUACGACGCCGGCGCGUACGCCUCCGCGGGCGGGUACUACUCCGACGGCGUCUACCCGUCGGCGCCGGCCUUCGACGACGCGCUCGUCGCGGCCGGCCGGCGGGCGCACGACAUCCCGGCGCCGCCCGGCGGGCUCGAGCUGGAGCCGUCGGAGGCGUGCCCCAAGAACUACGUCGUCUUCGACCAGACGUGCACCCGCAGCCGGGUCACGUUCCACCCCUCCCUGGCGCGCAAGCUCGGGGGCCCGCCGGAGUCGUCGCGGCACGGCGCCGGCGCGGCGUGCGUCGCGGACGCCGACGACGGCUGCUCGUGGGUGCGGCAGGAGGAGGAGGACCCGGAGGAGAUCGACGCGCUGCUGAGCCUGAGUUCGGAGGACGACGCGGCGAGCACGGGGCGCGCCCCGGGCAGCGGCCGGGACGACGACGGGAGCUCCCCGGACUCCGCGUGCUCGUCCGGCGCCGCCGGCAGGAAGAAGUCGCGGAUAAAGAAGAUGAUGCGGGCGCUCAAGGGCAUCGUCCCCGGCGCAAAGCAGAUGGACGCGCCGGCCGCGCUGGACGAGGCUGUCUGGUACCUCAGGUCGCUCAAGGUGGAGGCGGCCAAGAAGCUGGGCGCGCGCGGCUCCGACAGCUAGCCGGGCCGGUGCGUCGAUCGGCGACAGCUCGAGUCGAUGGCGAUGGCAUGCAUGAUCGGCAUGGGCACCAGGCGGCGGCCGGCGGCAGCCAUGAUCUGGCCCUGCUGCUUUUGCUCGAUCGCCGCGGCGGCAGCGGAGGUGUUGAUGAUUGCGCCAUGUGCCGCUCAUGAUGGCGGCGAGGAUGGUGGCGCUCCUCGCUGUGAUCAUCGUGUUCGUUCGUGUCCGGUGGUGUCGGGGUCGGCACGGCACAAGCUACCGGGCUGCCUGCCUUUCGCCUCCGCCGUGCCGAUCGAGUAUCCUGCGCCCUUUUGUCCUAAAUCCUGACUGCAGCCUUGAUUAGGGCGUCGAUGAUUGUUUAUCUAGACGAGCUUUAUUUUGACAGAAUUACUGACCAAUGAUUGGCUUCAGCUGCUGUGUAUAGUAUUAGUGUAAUGGUUCUCCUUUGUGCUCUGAUGGGUAGUGUCACAA